UCAGUGCUGCUUCAUCAACAUACGGCGCGUCGCGGUGCAGCAAAAGGAGGCUGUCUCUGCCUCCGCUUCGAUCGGAAAGGAAAAGGCAACAAGCGGGUCACCCCGUACGUCUCGAUGGUGCUCUCCGGACGUUGAGCGGAUUGACGACCACCCGCCUAGCCCACCGUUAGACACGGCGGUACCAACCGGUGGCACGAUGACAGUCCAACAGCAGCAGCAGCAGCAGCUGAACGACCUACCGCAGUCACCCACGGAUUCGGCCGGUUCCGGGCAACAAACGCAGCAGCAGCAGCAACACCACAACGCGCAGCGCUAUCAGCAUCACAAUCAUCACCAUCAUCAUCACCACCAAAGUGCUCCCGAUGCGGCGUACAACAUCACGACGGCCGAGGCAGACCUCGAUUACAACGACAGCGACAACAGUCUGGCGGCGGUGCUGCAGCAUCACCAUCAUCCGGCGGUGGGCGCGCAUCAUCACCACCGCUACAUGCCAUCGAGCGCUAGUUCCUGUGAUAACACUAAGCAACCACCGUCGACCGGGAACCGUGGUCUCGGUUGUAGUGCCUCCAGUGCCGGUGGAUCCUGUGACGAGAACACCACACCGAGCGUGCUGGACGUGAAUCUAGACUCCAAGAAGGUGCCACUCGUAAACAGCCACUGUAAUUCCAGUUCGCGGUUAAGCACACCGGUCCGGUUCGGUUCGGCAGACGAGCGGAAGUACACCAACAACCACCAGCAUCAUCAUCAUCACCAUCACCAGCAGCAUCAGCAGCAACACCAACAGCAGCCUCCUCAUCAUCAUCAUCAUCACCAUCAUCACAUCGAGGUGUACAGUGAUGGGGCGAGCGGGCUGUUGGACAGCAGCAACAAGCUCGAGGAAGAGAACCAUCACGAGAUCUCGGAAGAUGAUCGUGGGCCACCACUUCCGCCACGGCCAGCACCGCGCACCCGCACACUGCAGCGCAUGGACCCGGCUCCCAUAGCGUCCGGUGUCCGGAAGUACGUCAUCUGGUGUCUGAUAUGUGGUGGCAUCUCCAGCCUGCUCGGUGUGCUAUUUCUGGGCAUUUACUUCCUGCUUCGCUCGUACACCAGCACCGUCGGAUACUUCGAAACGGUGCCAACGUUUGUGCCGGCAACAUUGCUCAUGUUGACUGGCAUCUGCAUAAUGAGCCUUGCGAGGCGAAGGAAUCGUUACAGCUACUUGAUCAAACUAUCCGGAGCAUGUGGGCUAGCGUCGGCACUUACCUGUGCCCUGGUCACGGUCACGACGACCGUCCUGCACAUGAGCCGGCUUCAGGUGCUCCGGGAGUGCGAGUACACGCAGAAAACCCGCACCUGCACCUGCUACUCGGUGACGGCCGAUAAGCAACCGUCGGACGGUGUGGACGACAGUGUCCGGUUCGUGUUCGAUUCCACGUCCGACUGCGGAGUCGUCCACGGUGCCCUGUACUCGUGUCUGCGGGCCGUGUUCGGACUGUCGGUGGCCGGCGUCCUAGUGGCCGUGUUCAGCUGUAUGCUCGUGUACCAGCUGUUAAGCCACGAGCGGAAGAAGAUGUACUGGGAGCAGCUGGAGCUGCGGUGCCGCUCGCUUUACUCUGGUCAGGGACCACCGGGUGGUCCUACGGCCGUCCUACCACCCGGUGCCGGUGGUGGAGGGUUACUGGGCCCAAGCGGUGGAUUAACCGGUCCCGGUCCCGGUGGUAUGCCGGGUGCACCGGGAAUGCGUGCCGGUAACUGUCGCUGUUGCGAGCAGUGCCACGCACACCGGAACGUCCUACCGGCGGCCUACCCGUGGGAGGGUGACGGUCGUUUCUGGACACCCGGCCAGGCCGGUAACUUCUACUCGCCGAAUCCUGGCGGUGACGAAACACUCGGUGGCGCAGCAGGAGGAGGAGGAGGAGGAGGAGGAAUCGUGGGGACUGGUUCCGGAGGACGGUUGAAUGCCAGUGGACGACGUAUGCCAGGCUGGAGCUGGCCAAGGAUGCCGUGGCAGCGCAAUGAAACCGCACCACAGCGUAUGUCCCCUCACAGUCCGGACUCGCAGUAUGGGUUUGCGUCCGCGAACCGAACAUCCGGAGGGCAACCACCACCGGGCGGACCGGCGGUCGGUGUGGUAGGUGCACUGCUCGGUGACCCUGGGCAGCCCCGGUACAAUGUGAUCGAGCAGCAGUACGGUAUCUGGGGACCGCCACCACCGUACAGUGAUCCCAACAGUCCGGCACGCCGUGGAGGACGCUAUCAGUACAUCCACCCGGCACAGUGUGGACCACCGACGAUGAUGGAGCCGGGUUUGAGCAUGGUAGGGGCCCCGGGAGCACACCUAAUGGGUCCCGGUAGUGUCGGAAUGGCACCUCCACCGAAUGCGAGUUCCAGCAUUGCCAUUCUCGAGUGUCAUCAGCACGCGGUAAUGGGCGUCGAUGUCCAUGGUAUACCACAGCAGUACGUGACGGGGCAACAGAGUGGUGUAGGUGGUGGUCUCGCUACCAGUGGACCAGGACAU